UUUUGAAAGAUAUCCAAACUGACGUAAAGGAAAGGCUUUUUUCUUAAGGUUAUAAUUUUGACUCAAACUGAUAUUGAUUUAGUUAUCUUAACCAUAUUAGAUAAUGUCGCAUUCAUGUCAGAGUGGCCAGCCAUCUAUACAUUUACAGACACUUUGUAACAUUUAUGAUGCUCUUAAACAAAUAGAAAUUCUACACAAAACAUUCGAAGCAAAUAAAACCAGGAAAUAUUGUUGAUUGUAAUUUGAUUUUGAUUGGCUUGCUACUGCAUGGUAAUAAGGAGAAGAAAUUCAGCACAAAUGCAAAUGUCCUACAUUAUUCUAAAGUUAUAACAUUAUACUUAUUUGAAAUGUCUCAUCACUUAUAUGGACACAUGACAAAGAGUUAUACAUUUCACAUUACUGAGAGAGUUGCACUGGCUGCCGGUGCGUGCUCGCAUAGAGUACAAAAUCGCAACUUUGUGCUACCGCUUCUUACAUGACCUGGCGUCGUCCUAUCUGAAAGAGCUGCUGACGCCUUAUGUACCCACUAGACGACUCCGCUCAUCCGAUAGUGGCAAAAUCUCGACACCACGUGUUUGCCUUGAGACUUACGGAAAGCGCACUUUCGCAUUUGCUGGUCCAACAAUUUGGAACGCCCUUCCAGUCGAUCUCAGAAACAACCAAACACUGGAGUCAUUUAAAACCGAUGUAAAGACACAUCUAUUUCGCAAACACCUUCUGGGAUGAUUGUCUACCUUAUUUUACAGCAUAAUGGCUGUGUUGCUUAUAGUUGAAAUGGCUAGAAAAACUUUGACAUUGUGUGCUUGUAAUUAGUUUUUGGAGUAUUGCUUUUGUUUUAAAUGUAGAAAAUUAUAGAUUUGUUUUUUGUUGACUUUGUACCGCGCUUCGAGCCUUUGGGGAUGAAGCUUGUUUUUGAAAUGAACUUUAUUAUUGUUAUUAUUUAUUACUUACAUGGUAACAUGACAUAAAUUUCACAUUACUUACAUGGUCACAUGACAAAGAGUUAUAAAUUUCACAUUACUUACAUGGUCACAUGACAAAGAGUUAUAAAUUUCACAUUACUUACAUGGUCACAUGACAACGAGUUAUAAAUUUCACAUUAUUUACAUGCUGACAUGACAAAGAGUUAUAAAAUAUACAUUACUUACAUGGUCACAUGACAAAUAAUUAUACAUUUCACAUCACUUACAUGGUCAAAUGACAAAGAGAUAUAAAUUUCAAAUUACUUACAUGGUCACAUUACAAAGAGUUAUACAUUUCACAUCACUCACAUAGUCACAUGACAAAGCGUUAUACAUUUCAUAUCACUGACAUGGUCACAUGACAACGAGUUAUAACGAUGCAUCCGGGUAUGGCCGGUUACAAAUAUUUACAUCGUAGUUACAGAUAAAUUUAUUUUUUUUAUUUAUCUUUCCGAAACGAAAAAUAAGUUUUUCCGUUAAAAAAAAUGAUUAUUUUCAUAGUAUUUUUCCACAAACUUAAUCCUUGAUCGAUAUGUUUAUAAAGUAUUGUCACACAAAUGUUUCAGUAGAAAUGAAUGCUAGAAAUCCAGGCAUGUAUCCACUAAAUCAAGGGAACGUGUACAAUCUCUUGAAAAAUGUUACUUUUCUCUUGUAGCUCAUAUAUUUUUCCUCUACAGUGACAUUUUUGUAGGUUCUUUGGCAAAGGACACAUUUCCGUUGUUUGUACUAGAUGAAAAUUUUCUGACAUAGUUUGUUUCACUUUUACUUUGUAUUCACUUUAAAAAGCUGAUUUCUUAUGACUACUGUUAAAAACACAGACGACUGAUGACUACUAUCACAACAACAUACUACUGAUAAUAACAGCAAAAAAUUAAAGAUAACUUCUCGUGUAAAAUGAUACUACUGAUAACUACUGGUGUUAUAGGCAGAUUAAAUGUAUAAUAUUAAAAUAGCAGAAUCUACGACUAUAACAGAAGACUAGUGACUACUACAAAUAAAAAGCACAUGAAUGUACAUACUGCAAUGUCUACUGUGUCCAUCAACAUGGUUAAAUACAAAUAUAUAUAUAUUUAUUUUUAAAAAAAUAAGAUAUUGAGACUCAAUACCAGUAAAUUGUUAACAUGAGAGAAAAGAAAAAAAAUCGAUAUAUUUUCUUUUUCUUGUUUUGUUCUUGACAUCCAUUCAGUUUGUAAAAUAGUUCAGGACUUUUCACAUUGUUUUUAUUGUAACACCAUUUAGUUCUUCGCUCUAUUCAAUUAAUGUCAUUACAAAAGUAAUCAUGUAACUACUCAACAAAAUGAUGAACAUUGUGUCAUAUUUGUAAACAGCAUGGCAAGUGAACGUCAAGGCGACAAUAGAUUUCUUAGGAUUCUUAAAAAACAGCUGGAAACUCUUAGGGAAGAGAGCAACCAUCUAGAGGAGGUGGUGGACAGUUAUUUCAAACAGGCAAGUUUAUUUUAUUUAUUUUUUCAAAUUGUUUACAACUCAUCCUCGUUUGGUUCUAAUUUAAUGGUAUAAAUCGUAACACGUUAGCUUACUGUUUUAAUUAAACGAAAUACUCCUACACACAUCGAUCGCUAAAGAUAAACUCCUAACACAUACACUUGUUUGUUCAUAUUCAUAUAACGAAGGGUACUGAACUAAUAUUAUCCCUUAUCUGGGGCUUGGGGGCUCCAUUUCAUUUUUCCCAAUAUAAGCUAAUAUAAAUAGCGAUAGGCUUAAGACUCCUAAAUGAAUAGAUGGAUCUUGACCAAACUUAAUACACAAACACUUGAUUUUCCAUAUACAAAUACCGAAGGGUACUAAAUUCAUAAUAUCCAUUCCUCUUGGGCCGUUGGCACAUAUCAUUUUUCCUAAUAUAAUAUUUAUAAAAGUCAAUAUGCUUAGACAACACUAUUGGUUAAUGUGAAAUGAUGAAUCUGAGCCUAGUUUGUAGAUAUAUCCUUUAUUGUCCGUAUUGAAUAUUCAAUCUAGAUAUGUCAAGAAAGUUGGAAAACUUUAAACUGCUAAUAUAUGUUGGAUUAUUAGAUAUAUUCUAAUGGGACAAAUUUUAAAUUUAACUCCAAAAUUUAUCUGAUUGAUUUGAAAGCCCCCCCCCCCCCCACCCCCCAGUUGGAAAACUUUAAACUGCUAAUAUAUGUUGGAUUAUUAGAUAUAUUCUAAUGGGACAAAUUUUAAAUUUAACUCCAAAAUUUAUCUGAUUGAUUUGAAAGCCCCACCCCCCCCAACACCCCUUCCAUCUCAGAAAUAACAUAUUCGGUACAAUUAUGAAACGGAACCCCGCUGUGGCCCCUCUUACAAUAAAAAUGUACUAUAAUUCUAGUAAUACAUUUAGUUGUAAAAUGUUUCGUAGCCUAUACGAAAAAUAAUAAAAUAGAAAAUACAUUUUUACUCAUUUCGAGGAGUAUAUUAAAUUUAAUCUAGAAAGUUCUAGAAAGUCAUUUUUUGUUCACGGGGAAUUAGAAUGGUAUCGAAAAUGUUAUUGAAAUGAAAGGUUUAUUUUUUUUUUAUUUCUAUACUUUCUGAAGAUUCUCUCUAAACAUGCCCUUCAUAAAUAUACCGGUAACAAAAACCCAAUGACGAACAUGAUUUUAAAGGGGAACAAAUUAACUGAAACCCAUGGGCCACGCGAUCCCAUCCAGUAACAGUUUUUAGGAACCCAACCAGGAAACGGGAUUCCACCGGGAAACGGAACCCAUCUGGCUCAAGAACUCACCGGAAUCGGGAUUCCAGCUGCAUCAGUUUCCUACCGGGAAACGGUAUCACACCAGGGUUAUGAUGGGAAUCACACUGGGAAACGGGUCACUGACGACAUUCGAGGAACCCACCGGGAUCUGAAUACAGUCGGGAUCGGAAACCGACCGUUAUCUUGAUCCAGCCGGUAUCAAAAUCCCACGGUAUCUAUAUUACACCACGAUCGAGAUCCCACAGAAAUCGUGCACCUACAAGUAUCGGGCUUUUAUCGGGAUCUGGACUAAACCUGAAUAUGGAUCACACCUGGAUCUGAAUGCCGAUACUAUCGGGAUCCUAUUGGGAAACUUAAUUCAACAAAUAACGGGAUAACACCGGCAUUUGGAUAACACAGGGAUCGGUAGAAAACCGAGAUCAGAAUACCGACGGGAUCAGGAUCGUACUGGGAUUGGGAAGCAACCGGGAUCGGAAUCCCUUCUGGCCUAGUAUCCAAUCUAAAAACUCGAUCCUACUAAGAUGGGAUGCCACAGGUAUCGGGAUUAUCUCAGGAUCAGGAUCCCACUGGGAUCAAAAUACCAACGGGAUUGGAAUGCUGACGGGACCGGUAUCGGCAUAUUGUUGCGAUGGGGAUCCCAAUGGGUUCAGAAUCCAAGUAGAAAACUACAUCAUUCUGGGAUUGGGAUAAAACCGGGAUCGGGAGUUGUUGUUUAUCCGAAUAAAUACCGGGAAACCGUAUCCGGAAAUUUGAUCGAAAGAAAUUUCGUCGACGGUAAAUUGGUCGACUGGUAAUAUGAUCGAACAGAAAUUUGGUCGAAUCUUCUUUUCAAUUUUUACGUAACAACUUUGCAUCAAAUUUCUUUUUGAACGAAUUAUUUUGUUUUACUAAAUAGUAUAGUGCGUUCAAAAAGAAAUUUGACGAAAAUUUCAACGUGCGAACGGAAAAAAAGAUUCGACCAAAUUUCCGUUCGAUCAAAUUACCGUCAAUCAAUUUACCGUCGACGAAAUUUCUUACGAUCAAAUUUCCGGUAACCCCGGGAAACACCUGGUAUAUUUGCUGGUAUUUACGUGCAGUUUUAUGACCGAAAUGUGUUAAAAGUGUAUAUUUAUUGACAGAUGGAAAAUAAAGUUCAAGAAUGGGAAAAUAAACCUAGAAACUCACAGGUCACCUUUAAGAAACUGUCGAUCACUAUCCAACAAGCUAUCACUCACGUUAUGUCAAAGGCAAUACACUUUACAGGUACACUUUAAAAAAUAUACUUUUAUUUAUGUUUUUAAAUAUAUAAUUGUUUGCGGACUUAAAAUUUAAAAAGCAAUAUUUUUAUUUUUUAAAAUCAAUUUUGUAACACAAAUAUAUACAUAAAAUAUUUCGAUAUACAGAAGUUUUUAUUGCAUGUGUCUAUACAUUAAAAUAAUGUAUGUGAAUGAUUGAAUAAUUAGACAAAUGUCGCAUAGUGCAUCACGUAUAAGUUUUUAAAAAAGACUAAAAAACAUUUCAAUUUAAGAAAUCCUGCAAUGAAUAUCUGUUUUAAAUUUAAGUUUAUAAUUUCAAUUUUAUUUUGAACUAAACAUCCAUAAAAUACAUAUUGAAAGGUACGCAGUUUAUUUACCAAAUUACUCAUACUCACAAACUUUGCUUGUCACUAUUUAAGGUGUGGAUGAUGAAGCUACAAGUGAUGCGACGUUUGUCACUACACAAAGAGAAACUACAAUUAAUGAGCCCAACAUAUGCAGAGAUGAAGCAGGAUCACAAGAACAAUGUGGUAUUUAUGGUUGUUACGCACUGGCUUCUUAUAUGAGAAAUUAAUAUCCUAUUUUAAUUUUAUUGGCUCGUUGUAAACAGUGCUUAACGAAGGACGAUACCAUAGAGUCAACAGAAUUAAAGAUACGGCACCCAAAACUGUUUCUAGUUACAAUUAAUAAGAUUUAUUAAGUCUUAAUAUGAUAACAAAAUAAAAUAAAAUAUAAUGACAAUCUUCAACUUACACUAUGGUAGAUCUUUUACCGGUACACAGUUAACACAGUUCGUAGAAUGUGCCGAAUGAAUAAUAAUUAAAUGCGAAAUAAACACAUAUAUAAGAACAAAAAGAAUAAUACACGUCUCGGGAAGUUAAUAAACCUAUCUGAAACUCCGUCCCUUCGCCCGUGCCUUUCAAUCCCUUAUAUAUGUCGCAUAAGCCCUGCCUUCCAGAAAAGACUUAUGACCUGUUGUUUACAUAUCUCGGGUUAUCGAGCACAUUGGAGAAAAUACCAGGAGACAGUCUUACAAGUUUAAUUAGAAAGGCGGUAGUCAACAAGAUCCAUCAAACUAAUAGGCCACGCACACAACAAACCACUAACGUCUGCUAGGGAUGUAAUUUGGGUCAAGCAAAAUUCAAGCACGGGGACAUCGUGUAAAAUGUUAUACAUAACAAUGGUAUACCCAACAAAAUUUAACAGGAACUUAGAAAUGGGUUUGUCUUACAAAUAUAUUCAAAGUUUCACUAUUGCAUGUUAAAAGAUAUAAAAUUAAUAAAAAUUUCUAAAAUAUAUUUUCUUUCUGACAGCGCUGAUAAAACGAUUGUUUAUUUGGUUUGUACGUGCAUUCAUUUUAAGUUAUUAGGCAUUGGAGCUAAAAAUAGCAUACAUUAGAUUGCUCCUUAAGAGCUGAAUAAUCAUAAACAUGGAGUUAGAUAACUGUUAUUAAAUGAUUUUCUUAAUGAAUUUAUUUUUUCAAUCGUUAAUUGUGACUAAAAAAAUUACUUCAUAUUUCUAGCAUUUUACAUCUUGAAGUUCCUCAUCUUCAUACUCACUGUUUGGUUUUAUUUUAACAUAUUUUUCUUUGCUAGUUCUAUAGCUUUAGUAAAGGUUAUCUAACUUAAACCUAACACACGUAUAAAAAGUGUAAAAAUACACCAAAUGAAAGCAAAAGCUUUUAAUCUAAUUACUUAUAUAUUUCUUUUUUGACACUUUCAUUUUUGAUUCGAAAGGAGCUGAUAGUGUUAAAAUGAAAAUAUCAAUGCUAGAAGACGUAUUUGUUUCUAUGGACAGAAGAAUUCAGGAUAUGCAUCUAAAACAAGAUAAUGUUGAUGUUAAAUUCAAACACUUCUUAACUCAACACGAAGCUUUGAAUAGAAAGCUGGACAUGGUCGAAGAAAAUAGUUUAAAUUAUAAGAAAGGUCUUCAACAUAACAUCAAAGAGCAGUCAGAUAAAUUCAUGGCUAUGUCAACAUCUCUUCAAAAUAAAAUCACGGAGCAGUCAGAUAAAAUCACUGCUUUUUCAACAUCUCUUCAAAAUAAAAUCACGGAGCAGUCAGAUAAAAUCACUGCUUUUUCAACAUCUCUUCAAAAUAACAUCACGGAACACUCAGAUAAAUUCGUUGCUAUUUCAUCUGCUCUUCAACAAUUGGAGGAAAACGGCAAUGCCAGAAUUGAAAAAGUUGAACAUGAAAAAAAAACCGACACUGAGUCAACAGAAGUCACGAGUACAAAAUAUAGUUCGAUCGCACCAUGUAUAAAUGAUUCUGUCAGGUCUAUUGCAGUCUUGUCCAAAAGAACUCAGUUUUUAGAGCAGAAAUUUCAAGAUGUUCUGGAAGAGAUGAAAAAACUGUCAGCUGCUAUCAAUAUUUCAUCAGCACAGGCUACAGUGACACUAACUGAAAACAGUAAAAUAGAAAAU